AAAAAGAAAAAUCAAAUGCAGCGGCGACAACGGUGAUGGGCAGGGCUGCUCCAACUGUCGCAGCUCUGGAAAUGCCAAUUGUCAGUUCUUGAGGGUUAAUUCUUCAAUGGUGCAGGCGAGAGUGAGCUGGCCAUAUCCAGUGAUGAAUGCUACGAUGUCCCCUUCUCACCGACAUGGGUCGUAUGUGCAGUCAAUGCCACCAAAGACGAUCGCUACUACGUCAGGGAGCCCUUCGACUAUGCGCGUAAAGCCUUUCGAGCGGGCACCCGGCUAUGGCUGUGGGUCAGCUGAGUCGCAGCUGCCCGCUGGUCGACAGUCGUUUGGGUGCGUUGACCACGCCGCUCACUACGAGGAGGAACCCAGGAUGUACAGCCCACAGACUUCGGGGUACAUGGUCUCUGGGGUACCGCAGAGCGUCAUGGCGGAGUAUUGUGGGCUCACAUUGAGUCCCAGAGCGUGGAGUCCUAACGUGUACUUUGGCCGGAGCCCUAGCCCAGGCAUGUUCGCAGAACACGAGGGCGGGAGUUCCUUGUCUCAACCUCUAUAUCCCUACAUGUUCUCGGGACCUCCAAGUCAAAUCACCGAUGGCCCUCCGAUUGUGCCAACCAUGAGCUCUACCUCCGUCGAGGGCCAAGGGGUGGAUCGGACGCUUCCUGACCCCACGAGUCGAAGUCAGGUUUCACAGUGUCCUGCUGAAUUUACACUCACGCCCGAAGUUCUUACGCUCCCCGAGACCGUGGAUCAUCGAGCCGGGGUAGGUUGGAAUUACAAAAGCGCCACCGCCUCUAACAAUGAUGUUCUUUCCUCAGUUCAACGGUUUCCGAACGAAGCCCUAGGAGGCAGUCCCAUCUCUCGGACGAGGACGAGCGCGCAAGACAUGGUCUUUGGAACUCCUUUGCUCACGACCAUUGGUGCACCUCCUAUUUUGAACUCCUCUGCCGGGCCACUUGCUGGCUUGGAGACGGCCACUGCGAGCGAAGAUUUUCGGGGAAGUAGGGAUGGUGGUCAAGCCACGAGAACGCUCGCGCAGAAUCAUCUUUCCGACGCCGGCUCUGACAUCUACGUAUACAGCAGCAGCGAAAGGAGGGACAAGCACUCUUACAAGACGGAUGGGUCAGCAUCAGUGCUGAUGAACGGGCUACCCUACACGCGCCCCGGGCCGGGGCUCUAUGGGCCACCGAUGACUACCACGCCAGUCUGCCGCCCUGCUACAGUGAUCUAUGCACCGCCGAUACCACCGCUACAUCAUCCCAGCGAUUUCUAACCCUUCGGAAAAGGGGGCCAAUGUGGCAGGCAAGCGCAAGUGCGCUGGGAAAUAUGAAUGAGCGGUAACCGACAGCAAGACUGUUGGUACGUGACACAAGAGCUGAAACAAACGUGAUCGGCUCGACUCAACAAAUAUUGGGGUUGCCCCAGUCCCUGUUCAUUUGAGGAUGGAGGGG